GCACAUUGUGGGUUUAAAACUCUCUCAAAAAAUGUGACAGAGCAUCCUUCACCACCCUCCUGUUUAAUAUCACUUCAGUCUGUUUUGUUAAAAUGUUUCAAAAGUGUCCAUCAUGCAGUGUGUUCACACCUCCAGCAUCAGAUCUGUUCCUCUCAUUAACUCCUGUUUUAUCCACUUUGCAACUUAAAUUGAUGCUUCCAUUUUUUACAGUGUACACAGCCGAACACGCGGAAACCCUUAUUUGGAGUAGCUUUUGAAAAAACAAUGACGAAACGUGUCAUUUUGCCCAAUCGGGUGCCAGAGGUGUGACCAAUAGCCAAAUGAGCUGUCCAAAUUUGGUGCUGUCUCCGCCCCCUCCAGGUCCACGCCGGUCCCCGGGGAGCUCCAGAGCCUCGGACCCCGGGAGAAGGAGCUCUCCGCCGGGACAGAGGAGCCAUAAAGAGCCGGGGAGGGAGGGGGAUGAGAUUUCUCGCUGCCCAAUCCCCCUGUUCCCCCGGGAGCAGCAGCCUUCCUCGGUCCGUCCCUCCCUCUUGUUUGCUAAUCAUUUCAUUUUACUCCUUUUGAAGCGCUCGCGUGUUUUUUUAUCCCACUUUUCAUUUCUCCACAAUCCGCGGCUGCUCGCCUCCCUCUGAUCCCCGGCUCUCCGCUCCGUUCUCCCGGCGUCAGGCUCUCCGGAUCCCGGCUGAUUGUCCCCUCUCUCUCCCGGCUCCUCAGAGAUUCUCUCCCCGCUCCGCGCUGCUCUCUCCGCCCUCUUUUAACUUCACACAGACGCAGACUGAAGCCCGGGCAGCUGAGCCGGUGCUGGGAUCUAAAACAACCCCGGAGAAACCCAGAGGGAUCCCGGGCUCUUCUCUGGAUCAGGACCCGGUACUUUGGGGAAGCUCGCUCUGUGUCCCUCCUCCCCUCCUCCUCUCUCCUCCUCUUCAUCGCUCCUCUUUUCUCCACCUUAAUCCAGGUGGUCCUUUGGCUUUUUGAGUGGCUGCUACAGGGAGGAUUACUCUUCUUCUUUCUUGUUUCUGGUGAAGACGAAGCUCCCAGAAGGACACUUUGAUGUUCUCCAUCCAGGACAGCCUCCCCAGGGGGGCCCUGACCAUGAAGGAGGAGCCGCUCCCCACCGGCAUGACCCCGGUCCGCUCCUGGAUGCAGGGCGCAGGGAUUUUGGACGCGAACACAGCGGCCCAGAGCGGUGUGGGUUUAGCUCGGGCACACUUUGAGAAGCAGCCGCCGUCCAACCUGAGGAAGUCGAACUUCUUCCACUUUGUGCUGGCGCUGUAUGACCGGCAGGGUCAGCCGGUCGAGAUUGAGAGGACUUCAUACAUCGACUUUGUGGAGAAAGACAAGGAGUACAACGGAGAGAAGACCAACAACGGGAUCCACUACAGGCUACAGCUCCUCUACAGCAACGGCAUCAGGACAGAACAGGAUCUUUUUGUUCGACUCAUCGACUCCAUGACCAAACAGCCCAUCCUGUAUGAAGGUCAGGACAAGAACCCGGAGAUGUGUCGUGUCCUCCUCACCCACGAGAUCAUGUGCAGUCGGUGUUGUGACAAGAAGAGCUGUGGAAACCGCAACGAGACGCCCUCUGACCCCGUAAUCAUCGACAGAUUCUUCCUCAAGUUCUUCCUCAAGUGCAAUCAGAACUGUUUGAAAAAUGCAGGAAACCCUCGAGACAUGAGGAGGUUUCAGGUUGUGGUUUCCACUACAGUCAACGUGGACGGUCACGUUCUGGCCGUGUCAGACAACAUGUUCGUCCACAACAACUCCAAACAUGGCCGCCGCGCCCGACGCCUGGACCCCUCUGAAGCAGCCACGCCCUGCAUCAAAGCCAUCAGCCCGAGCGAGGGCUGGACGACCGGCGGAGCCACCGUCAUCCUCAUCGGGGACAACUUCUUCGAUGGCCUGCAGGUCGUCUUCGGCACCAUGCUGGUCUGGAGCGAGCUGAUCACGCCUCACGCCAUCCGAGUCCAGACCCCCCCUCGUCACAUCCCCGGUGUGGUGGAGGUCACGCUGUCCUACAAAUCCAAACAGUUCUGCAAAGGAGCGCCGGGACGCUUCGUCUACACAGCCUUGAACGAGCCAACCAUCGACUACGGCUUCCAGAGGCUACAGAAGGUCAUUCCACGCCACCCAGGGGACCCUGAGAGGUUACCUAAGGAGGUUCUGUUGAAGCGAGCAGCCGACCUGGUUGAAGCUCUCUACGGGAUGCCACACAACAACCAGGAGAUCAUCCUGAAGCGGGCAGCCGACCUCACCGAGGCGCUCUACAGCGUCCCUCGCAGCCACAACCAGCUGCCCUCUCUCACCGGCUCAGCCGCUCACUCGGGGAUGAUGGGAGUGAACUCGUUUAGCAGUCAGCUCGCCGUCAACAUCUCUGAGGCCUCGCAGGCCGACCAGGGUUACUCCCGUAACUCGAACAGCGUGUCUCCUCGUGGCUACGUGCCGAGCUCCACGCCUCAGCAGUCCAACUACAACACCAUCACGUCCACCAUGAACGGAUACGGAGCCGGGAUGACCAACCUGGGCGUCCCCGGGUCCCCCAGCUUCCUCAACGGAUCCGCCAACUCGGCUUACGCAAUCAAACAGAAGAGCGCCUUCGCCCCCGUCGUGCGGCCACAGACCUCCCCGCCCCCCACCUGCACCACCAAUGGCAGCAGCCUCCAGGCGAUGGCCGGUCUCAUCGUGCCCCCCAUGUGAGGAGGACUCUUUCUGUCAGACCCCUCCACCUUUGAUGGCCCCGCCCACUUGAAACGCCACAAACAAACAACAAAAGCAACGAACAAUCCUUCCCAUCAUUCCCAGGGCCCAAACUUACCCAGAAUCCCUCUGUGCAGCAGGAUAAAACGUCCGUCGUCAUCUUUGCGUUCGCUGUGGGACUGAAUCUCUGAAAGCUGCCGCAGACGCUCAACAACAAACAGGAAGUGUGUUCUGGGACGUCUGCAGCUGCUCCACGAGGAGGCGAUGCUCCAUCAGAGGGGGGGGGAGGGGGGGUGGGCGGCGUCUGCAGUAAUAAUGUGUGAAUAUGAAACAGUUUGACUUCAGAAGUCUGUGAGACUGAACACGUCUUAGAUCAGUUUGAACCACUGUGAGACAGAGAGGAGGCGUGGCCAACGAGAGUUUCUGAUCGCUGCAAUGACAUCACAGAGGAAAGCCAAGAUCUCAUUGGAUUGAAGCCGCCGACAGGUUAGAAUUAAAGAGUCUCUUUUUACAUUUAGUAAAAAACCACAGAUCAGCCAACCAGUAAAGUCUCAAUUGACUUGACUUAGUUAACAAGACUCUUCAUGUGUUGUGUACUUUGCAGAGCAGACUUUGAAUCUGAGUUCUGCAUGGGAUUAAACCUGAGAACAGGACCUGGACUGUAGUCAUGUUUACAGAGCCAACCAUCAUAAAUCAGACUGCUAAAGCCAAAUCUUAGACCAGAACCAGAAGAAAAACCUUCACAUUUUCUAAUAUUUUUAAUCCAAAGAAACAAAAAUGCAAUAAUCUCUAAUGGCUUAACAUCUGAAGAUAACAGAACAUACAGGUGCAGCAACAUAACAACCUGAACUCUUCUGAAAUCUGGUGCAUUUUGGAUCUAUUGACAUCUGAACUGAUCCGUGAAACACACAGAAAAUAAAUUCAUGAAUUAAUACAACUGAUCACCAAAGAUACAAAAAUUCAAAAGUCUCCUUAUUGAUGUUAAUUUCAAACAGAACUUGUAAACCUCUGAUAGUUUCUCGCUGGAUCAGAAGCUCUCGCUGGUCACUGACCCGAGUGAGUUGGACCGAGUCCUGAAAGGAGGAAAACGAAAAACUCUUUAAACCUUUUUUUCAAAUCUGGACGAACCGUCAGACGGUUUCUGGAUUUGGUUUUUAAUAAGAAAUUCCCCUUUUUUCCCCACCCACAAACCCCCAGAGAACCAGACUUCCUGACGAAAACAACGUCUUCUAGCAUUUCUUUUCUGUACCAUAGCUUUUAACAAUGUUUGUGUCUCAUAUUCUAAAAGGAGGAAAAUGAAUAAUUUUCUAGGAACAAACGACGUGCCCAGGAGAAAAGAACAAAUGUUACAGUAACAUUUGUCUGAAUUAAGUCCAGGCAGCCCAAGGUUUUAUUUCUUUUAAUUUCUGUUUUCUUUUCAACUCCAGUUCAAUAGUUCUGUUUUCAGGUGUGUCGAGUGGUAGAUUUUAACCCGAAGAAGCUUGCCGCAGUUUUAAUCACAUUUAGGUACCGACCUUCUCGUUCUUCUUCUGAUUGUGCUUAUUUUAUAUGUAUUUAUAAAGUAUGUUUCGGGGAGUUUCUUUUCGUGAUUUAGGCCUGGAUGAUAGUCUCAAAUAUAUAUGUAAACACAUUUGAUGUCUUAAUACCUUUUAGAUAUUGUAAAAAGAGUGAACAAGUGAGAGGAUUAAACCUUUUUGUAAAAACAAAAAAGACGUCACGACAUGGUCACCCUGUUUUUGAAAGCAGGACGUAAAAAAACGCUUUCAUCACUUUUGUAUAAAAUGCUUUUUUCCGAUACGAUAUUUAACUUUUUGUAAACAGCAUCAUUUGUGUUUCCCCUGGUUCUUCUCGUCCUUUGUGUAUUAUUGUGAAAUGUAUAAUCAUGCUUAUUUCUUAAUGCACUAUUUUUUCUGUUGGGGCACUUAUUACGAGCAAUGCAUCUUAGCAGAAAAGACAAAAAAGCUCAAACAAAAAACAAGAAAAAAAAAGAGAUGAAAAUUAGAACGAUAUGCACCGAUAUGUUUUUUUUUUUCUGUCGUUCUGAAACGGCAGAAAUCCUUGUCAUGUGAAUUUUUUUAUAUUUCAGAAGCUUAUAACGUCAUAAUAUUCCUCCACUCUUACUUUUGCACCAAUUUUGGUGUUUAAAGACGAUAUUUUAUCCAUCUUAAUAUUAGACGCGAUCCGUGUCUUUGUGUUUGUUGGUGAGAAUGAUUGUGCGAUUUUAAAACAGGAAGCAGAUUUUUCAAAACCACCCUGAACACCAGUUUUUGGGUCAUUGAUCUCAAGGAAACUUCCAUUAAUGUGUUGUUGUUGAUGGUGCUGUACCCGCCGUUGCACACAAUCUGGAUCGUUUACUUAUGCAACCGUGUUCCUGCUCUGAAAUGCAAGCUCGCCGUCCACGUUGCCGUGGAAACGUUUGGAAAAUUAAAGAACAAAAAGUUGCGUUUGAUGCCUUAUGAUCGACCACACUUUAUGAUUUCUCUUUUAUCUGACAAAGUUUAAGUUCUGCAGAAACAACAGUAGAUUGUUUGAAGUUUGUUUGAACUAUUUGACGAGUUCUUCUCCGGUCAAUCUGUGAGAAGUUUUUAUGUUUUGCACCAAACUGUUUCCCCUCAGGUUCCCAACAAAAAGCAGAAAGUUUGCAUUAUUAGCACGGAUUUUAAGAUGAAGAAGCUCCAUUGGGCAGAUUUGUUUUUGAUCAUUGCAUAAAAUCGUAACUCGUAUUUACGAGAUAAUUAUCAAGUCCGAUUAUUAUUUUAUUUAUGAAUGCAACACUUAAGAGAAAAUGUAAAAAAUCUAACUGUCACAAUCACAAAAAAUGUCAACAAAAUGUAAAAAAAAGUCUUAAUUUCUUUCUGUUCUGUAUCAUUUAAAAACAGGUUUUAAAAUCACAAACACGUUUAGUUAUUGUGAUAAUUAUGAAAAAAAACUACUUUUUGUUUAAUGAGUACAAAGAGUAGAACCAGCUUUUUACAAACUGUAAAGUUUGUUCUGAAAGAUACCAAAACAAUCCAACAUCCUGUCACUCCUGAAAGGAAAAAAAUCCUCCAAAUCUCUUAAUUUGAUAUGAAAUAAAAACCAGAAGCGUGGGCAGGAACCUGAAGUUUAAACGGAUUAAACACUUUAUGCAAAUCGAGCAGCACUGACAGAAACCUGCGGUCACUGCUCAGCUUCACGCGGACGCCGUCAUGUCGGCGUGAGCGUCUGUCCAGUGUCGGCAGGACAAGCCAUUCAUUCAUCGACAACAAUGAAACGCAGCCUGCAGAGCGAUCAGCCACACAACAUCAUCUGUGUUCCGUCUCUUCUAACAGCUCGCUAACAUUUUUAUUUUUUUUCGGUCACAGUUGUAGAAAGUUUGCUUCUCACCGUCCUGAUUUUCAGCCGAGGUUUUAAAAACUGCAAAGUAUACUUUCUUCGAUGUUUUACUUCAAUGUGAAAGAGGGCAGAGGUACUGCAUCUUUGUGAAAUAUGAAAUAUAUCAUCAAAGUAUAUCAAAGCACAAUGUUUAAUUAAUGUCUUUAGAAUACAACCCGGGGGAGGAAACAACCCCCGGCUUUUCUUUCUCUGUCUCUGGCCAUGCUGUAAAUAGAUGCAUGUUUUUUGUUUAUUUUUGUUCCGUUUUUUCCUGUGAUCCAGUGCUUUUUGUACAGAAACAGUCUAAUAAAGAUUACAUUUGGCUUGAAA